AGAUAUCUCUCAGGUUACAAGGGCCAUCGAGUGCAAAUGGUACUGGCCGUGUGGAAAUAUUUUUCAGAGGGCAAUGGGGAACAAUCUGUGAUGAUAAUUGGGAUAUAAAUGAUGCUAAAGUAGUAUGUCGUCAACUUGGAUAUAAAUAUACAAUUAGAGCUCUUCAAGGAGGUCAUGCUCCUCGUGGUUCCGGGCAAAUAUGGUUAGACAACGUCGCCUGUACUGGAAGUGAGAAAAGUUUGACAAGUUGUUCUCAUAUUGGAUGGGGAAAGCAUAAUUGCGGUCAUCACGAGGAUGCUGGAGUCGAGUGUUCUUCAACAGGUAAUUUUCUUGCAAUAUAAAUAAUUUUUUUUUCAACGUCAAUUAUGGCGUUUAUCAAUUACGGACAUGUAUUGUAACUGCACAAUGAGCUUGUACAAGUACCACGGAAUUAUUUGAUAUAUGGUACAUACAUUUACGUCUAUAGACCAUAGACCAUAGACCAUAGACUGUAUAGCACACGCAAAACAUAAAUGUACACAAAUUAACACACACAUAUAUAACAAGGGCGAAUAUUGUUCUCGACCAAUCAGAGUAUUUGUUUACCUUUUGGCGCUAAGUCAAUCAGAACGCGUACAUUUUUACUACUUCCGGUUUAGACCUUCCGCUGUUUUUUUAAUUUUUUGGACUUAUUUCAAUGAAAUCCCACAAAAUAUAAAAUUUUCGAAAAUCUUGCCGCUGGGAUUUGCGUUUCAUCGCUUAGUUUUGAAAUUAUUCGCAUUCAAAUCCAAAUUAUCCGCAUGCAAGGUCACUCUCCAAUAGGUCAAAAACGUGUUAUGGUUCUAAGGAAGUGAAGCGAAGGCAUAUAUCCGGAAAUAUUUAAGAUUGGCUUGGGGCUUUUGAGGAAGAAGGCAUUUUCACUGCGAUUUUGGAGUUAAUUAAUUUACAUUUUCUGGCAAUUGGUCACUACACGACUAUAAUUUUAGUAAAGUAGAAGAAUCGCUGCCUGUUUUAUUAGCUUAGUUGAGAUCUUAUCUAGGCCCGUAGAUUUUGCCAUUUGCAUAUUUUGUAUUUCUCCUUUCAGCUCAUAACAUAACAUGAUAUGCUAUGAAAGUGAAAUAUAUUUGUGACUUGAUCUAUGUAUGACAAAGGAUCAGGACUACUGCCAUUGUCAGCAAUGUUAUUUGCUAAUUUGGGACCUAUAGAAGUGAAAAAUUUAUUAAACUCGUCGACUGUAUCUUAAUAAUAAUUGAUAAUUAUAAUUAAAUAAUAAUUGAUGUUUAUUGAAACUCUCUUGCAGUAUAUUUACACUGAAUUAACGAGUCCAAUGUAUUACUAAAACUAUAUUUACAUGAAUACAUACAACUGUUAAAACUAUGUAUAAACAUUAAAAAUAUUUAAAGGUAAAAAAUUGUUCAGAUCUUAAAGUUCUGCAUUUGGUUGUGUUCUUAAAAAAAAUAGUAUUUUCUUGCCCAUUUCGUAGGCUAUACCUGCAUUCGCUCAUCUUAUGUUCUGGGAGCAUAAAAUGCAGGGGAUGAUCCUCUUUCUUCAUUUUAGUCAUAUAUGUUUUACAUAACAGUGCGCGUCUGCUCUCCAAUGUUGGUAUAUGUGCCAUCAUCAUCGCCUGAUUAUAAUUGUCUAUGGAAGGGAAGAUGAUUCGAAGUGCCCUUGUCUGUAUUGAUUCUAUCCUUUCACUUAAAUAGUCAGGAAUCGCUUGCCAUAUUGGAACAGCAUAUUCCAAUACGGGUCUGAUAGUAGUUAGAUACACUUUUAGUAUAUUCCUUUGCUCAACGCCAGCUCUACGAAGUAGGCGGAGGGAAUAUAGCAUCUUACAAGCUUUUUUGUAGAUAUAAUCAACAUGUUUAUUCCACUUGAGAUCCUAACUCAAUUGAACUCCAAGUAAUUCAAAUUAGUUACCCCUUCUACUACGUUGCUGCCUAUUACAAAAGGCCUCAUUAUGGUGUUGUAAUUUUUCAUGAAACUAAUUACCAUCUCCUUGCAUUUAAGUGGGUUGAGACUCAUGUUAUGAUUUACAGAGAAUUGAUGUAAUUCAUCUACCGUAUGGUUCAGAUAACUAAUUGAGUACCUGGGAAUGAUCUCUAGCGCAGCUGUGUCAUCAACAAACUUUGUCCUGAAAUGCCAGUCAGAUAUUAGCUUAUUUGUCAUAACCGAGAAAAAAAUAACACCAAGUUUAGUUUCCUGAGGUAUACCACCAUUUGGGGAUUUCCAGUCUGACAAAGUCCCCCCUAUUCCGACAGCUUGUUUUCUGUUAAAAAGAAAAGCGUUAAUCCAAUUGCAUAAAACAGGAUGAAUAUCCAAUUCCAUCAGCUCCUUAAUGAGAAUAUGGUGGUCAAUGCGGUCGAACCCUUUGCUAAAGUCGGCAAAAAAGAAACGAGCACAAGCAUUUCCGCUAUCGAGGGCCUCGUAGACAGGUUGAAGCAAAAAUAGUAGUGCAUCCGUAGUGGAGUGACCCUUACGAGCAAACUGACGGGAGUCAAUUUUUCUUGUCAGCUGUGAUAGAAGUCUCCUACAGAAAAAUCCCUCCAUAAUUUUAGCCAAAUUGCAUGUUAGGAAUAUUGGACGUAAGUCGCUUUCAAUUGAUUGCGGUGGGGUUACUUUCGGUAUGGGAGAUAUAAUUGAGGAUUUAAGUAAAUCUGGGAUAUAUGCUUCCUUAAUGGACUGAUUGUAAAUAUCCUGAAUGACCGGAGAAAGCUCCGUAGCAAAUUCCUUUAAUACUUUAUUUGGGAGUUCGUCCGGUGCAACAGAUUUGGCUACUUGUAGAGAUGACAAAGAUCGAUAAGCCUCUGCUUCAGACACAAGGAACUCGUUUGGGACAUGCUGAGUUGGACAAAGAAGAGAUAACGGUGAAAAGUUCUCAGUUAUGCUCAAGAAGAAGUCAUUGACUCUAUCUGCGAGUAUCUUAACAUUCCCAUUGUCAACAAGAAAUUGAUAAUGCCACUGCUGUUGAAUGUCUUGUCCCAUAAGAUUUUUUAUUUGUUUCCACCAUUUCCGGGGGUUAAUCUGUCCCAGUUCUGCAACUUUAUAUUUAUAAUAAUGUGACUUGGCCGCUUUAAUUUCCCUUUGAAUUUUAUUUCUCCAGUGUUUAUAUAUGGACGAGUUUUUACCAUGUCUUUGGAAUGCGGUUUGGCGUUUUCUGAUCCAUAUCUUGAGUUUAUUUGUCAUCCAUGGGCGAUCUGUUUGGUGAACUUUUACUGUCCUUUGUGGGAGAUAGCAAUCGACACCUUGCUUUAAGUCUGUGAUGAAUAGUUGGAACUUAUCUUCACAGGAGGAAGUAUUAAGGACUGGAUUCCAAUCUUUCUGGGUUAUCCAUCGACCAAAUUCACGCCAGGCACUAUCCCUCAUAUCACGAGAAAUAAUUUUUUCAGUUACUUUGUUCUUCUUAGGUCCUAGUAGUGGUUUCGCCAGUAUUGUGAAAUGAUCGGAGGAUGCAAUUUUAGGUAACUGAGACAAUUCAAAUAACCUAGUCCGAUUUGUCAGGAACCAAACCAGGAUACCAGAAUCCCUUGUCUUAAAAGUGACAAGUUGUUUAAGUUGAUUUGUUUGAGUCAAAUCUUUCGAUUUCAAUCCGGUUGACGUUGGAUUAAAGUCGCCAGUAAGUAUUACAAGCGUAUUUGGCUGAUUAGCUAAUAGGUUGUCAAGGUUACGUUGAAUAUUACAUUUUUUCCAUGGUCUACGCUAAGUUCAUUAACAACUGUGGUUUUGGAUUUCUUGUUAAGCAGAUUAUUUAAUGUAUUCCAACCUUCUGGCUCGAGUUCUUUGCAGUUCACGGUGAUUGUAUCGAACUGACGCUUCACUUUCUUGAAAUCAAUGACCAUUUCCUUGCACAUGAAUGUUUAGGAAAUAACAUAACUAGCAGACGAUUUUAACCUCCCAACUGACAAUGAUGAUCCAUGUAAUUAAUCAUAAACAACCGUGGAACGGCUACUACGUGUAAUCCCAAACCUAGCGGUUCCGAUCAACUUCCAAACUGGGUCCUAAAGUGCUCUCACCUGCAAUUACUGAUAUUCCUAAUACAUUUUUCCGAGGUCGUAGGUUCGAAUCCCACCGUGGUCAGGCAUAUUUGUUAAGCUUGCCCGGUGUGGAUAUACACUCAGAGUAACAUCACAAGCAUCAUAGAUUCUGUUCCGAAAUAUCACAUACUCGAACCGACCUGACCGCGUAGCUCAGUUGGCAGAGCAUUGGGCUAGUAUUCCAAAGGUCGUAGGUUCGAUUCCCACCGUGGUCAGGUAGGUUACAAGCUUGCUCUUAACUAACUUUAUCAAUUUACAUCAUUGAAUACUGGGAUCAUUCCAACUGAUUGGAAAAAGGGUAAGAUUAUACCAAUUUAUAAAUCGGGAUCUGCUAAGGAUAUUGACAACUACAGAGCAAUUACCAUUCUACCAGUUGCAUCAAAGAUUAUUGAGAAGUGCGUGCACUCGCAGGUGUUAAAUUAUUUAGAGGAGAACAACAUUGCCUUGUUACACUCGAAUUUCUGCGUCUAUUUAACACGGAUUAGAAUGUAUACUAUGAGAAAUAGUGUUACAAACAAGGUACAUACUUAGUAAAACGUUUCUGCUUUUGGUUUUGGCUCAAAGUGCACUACGCGUGGUAAUAGUCGGUAUUGUUUUAUAGUCAUGAAAUUGUGCUUACCCAGCUAUAAUGACGUCAGAUAAUGUAUGCUGUGGCAAAAAUGUUUAUUUUCAAAAUGGCAGACAAUGGUCAACAACUAAACGCGACAAACCGGCCAAAAUAUAAAAUUAAGUAUUCCGUAAUAUACCUAAUAGAUAUAAGCAAUAAAAAUUUUGGUUGCCAGUGUCCUUUAAUAUACUACAUGGCUUUCAUUCACUCACUCCCUCACUCCCUCACUCACUUACUUAUUAAUAUUGACAGAAUUGAAAAAAUUGACUUUUUUUGCCCAGGGAAAACUUGCGGUAACUGGAUGUCAUUCACUAAAUUGUUGGUUUUAUUUUUUGCAGCGAUAUCUGUCAGGUUACAAGGCCCAUCAAGUGAAAAUGGUACUGGCCGUGUGGAAGUAUUCUACAAAGGACAAUGGGGAACAAUAUGUGAUGAUAAUUGGGAUAUAAAUGAUGCUGCAGUUGUAUGUCGUGAACUUGGUUAUCUAAAUGCUCUUGAAGCUCGCCAAGGGAGCUCCGUUCCUGAUGGUUCUGGAAAGAUUUGGUUAGAUGAGGUACAAUGUAAAGGGACUGAACAAAAUUUGAGAAGUUGUGCACAUAGAGAUUGGGGAAGUAAUGAUUGCAGUCACAGUGAGGAUGCUGGUGUUAAAUGUUCUUCAACAGGUAAAUUUACUAAUAAUUGCAUUUAA